AACUUCUUUCCAGAAAGUAAUUCAGUGCACUGAGAAAUGUAAUUGGGACGCACGACUAUAAACUUUUUGACUUGUGAGAUCCCGGUACGAAAGCACAGGCACAGGCACGACUCUAUAUAUAUAAUGCUAGCUGCUUUCUUCCACGAACGAAUUGAACAGCUUCAGUGACAGUGUGUCAGCAGAGAUCGUUCGCCUCCUGCUCAUCGAUACAUGACUUUCGGUAUGGCGAAGCUGGAGCUGGGCCACCGCGGCGAGGCGUCGGAACCGGACUUCCUCCGGGGCGUGCUCGGCGAGCUCGUCCUCACCUUCCUCUUCGUCUUCAUCGGCGUCGGUGCCGCCAUCAGCGCCGGGAAGACCAACGGGGGAGGCGAGCUGACGGCGGUGGCGCUGGGGCAGGCGCUGGUGGUGGCGGUUAUUGCAACGGCCGGGUUCCACAUCUCCGGCGGUCACGUCAACCCGGCCGUCACGCUCUCGCUCGCCGUCGGCGGCCACAUCACCCUGUUCCGGUCAGCCCUGUACAUCGUCGCCCAGCUGCUCGGUUCCUCCGUGGCCUGUAUCCUGCUCAGAUACCUCACCGGUGGAUUGGCCACUCCGGUGCACACGCUGGCGGAGGGCGUGGGCCCCAUCCAGGGCUUGGUCGCGGAGACCAUCUUCACCUUCAGCCUGCUGUUCGUCAUCUACGCGACCAUCCUUGACCCCAGGAAGCUGGCGCCGGGGAUCGGCCCGCUUCUCACCGGCCUCCUCGUCGGCGCCAACACCAUCGCCGGCGCCGCCCUGUCCGGCGCGUCCAUGAACCCGGCGCGGUCGUUCGGGCCGGCGCUGGCCACCGGCGUCUGGACGCACCACUGGGUGUACUGGGUCGGGCCGCUGGCCGGCGGGCCCCUCGCCGUGGUGGUCUACGAGUGCGUCUUCAUGGCUGCCGCCGGCACCCACCAGCUGCUGCCCCAGCAGGAGUGAGCGUGGCAUAUGUGAGUGUAAGGAAGUUUUGGGUGUGGCUCGUCUUCCUGUAGUACAGGCCGGCUUUAAUUUGGACAGCGUGCAUGCACGAGCUUUGGUUUCUUGUAUCACGCGUCGUCUCGUGUGUUCUUUC